GGCGGCGGGGGCGGGCCAAGAUGGCGGCGGGCGCGCGGUACUUCUGCACCGCGGGCCGCGGCCUCGAGCCCUUCCUGGCGCGGGAGGUGCGCGCGCGGCUCGGCGCUACUGAGGUGAGAGCGGCGCUGCCUGCGGCCGUACCCCCCCACACCGCGGCGGAGGGGGGGGGGGGAGCUCCUUAGUGCUGACAGAAAGCUUGUUUCCGUGUGUGUCUGCGUGUCUGCUUAUUUCCCUAAGGUGGACUAUGUCUUAGGAAAGGUUUUCUUCACCACCGCUGCGGAGCCGGGCGAGCUGAAGGAGCUCAAGUCGGGAGAGCGGCUGUUCCUGCUGCUGAAGAAGUGCGUCCCGCUUUCCGUUUCCAGAAAUAAAGUCAGCAGGACCACCCGCAGGUGUAAGGUUAGGUGCAUCGGUGACCUGGCAGGAUCAGAGGCGGUCUGAUGACUAGCAAGAAGAUAUUCCCUUUAUAAAAGAGUAAACUCGCAGCUUUGGGUCUGUGUACGUCUGUGGCGUAGGCUGCUGCCCUGGUGGACUCACACCUUGAUGGCACCUAAACAUGGGAAAAUGCUGCAUGAGAUUAAAAGCCUUCUCACUGAGGAACCCAAAUCCUGCCUGGAUGUUAUCGCUACUUGGAGAAAGCUUCGUAGUCAUGAGGGGAAAAAGGAUGAGGCCUCUCAAGAAAACCGAUCGCCUCACAAGAGAAAACCAGAAGAAGAGAUUAAUAUUGCAUCUAAAAGACAGAAAACAGAGCAAGUAAGAGAGAUUGCGUCUGAAGAAUGUCAAGCAGGAGCUGGAGAGAACUGUGUGGUAUCGGAGGAGGAGAGCGAUCAGGACUGCCAGGCUGAAAGCAAGGCUUCUUUAGAAGGCCCUACCAGAAGUAGCAUAGAGAAACCUAUUGAGAAUGAGAAGCAGAACUUCAGUUUCAGAGUUUCGUGUCGUUGCAGUGGAGCAAUUGCCAAGAUACUCACUUCACAGGAGAUUGGAAGAGCAGUUGGCAUAGCGCUAAGGAAGCAGUUUGGAUGGCAGGCUGACCUGCGGGCCCCUGACCUGGAGAUCUUUCUGCAUCUUAAUGACAUUCACUCAGUUGUGGGGAUUCCUCUUUUCAGGCUUCCGUUGGCAAACAGAGAGUAUAUCAAAACAGCAGGCCUGCGGUCAACUGUUGCCUGGGCCAUGGCAUCUCUGGCUGAAAUAAGUGUGGGUGCCUUUGUGCUGGAUCCCAUGUGCGGGCUGGGAACCAUCCUGCUGGAAGCUGCCAAAGAGUGGCCUGAAGCCUGUUACUGGGGUACGGAUACAAGUGAUUCACAAUUGGAGGGUGCGAGUGUGAAUAUUAAGGCUGCAGGCCUGGAUGAUAAGAUUGAGUUGUUUAAAGCUUCUGUGAAAGCGCUGCCUCUGCCUUCAGAAAGCUUUGAUGCUGUGAUUUCGGAUAUUCCAUUUGGGAAGAAGUUCAAGAUCACAAAAGACAUACAGCUCCUACCAGAUAUUCUCCAGGAGAUGGAGAGAGUGCUUCGUGUUGGAGGGAUUAUUGUGUUGUUGCUGAAUCAAGAUCUCCGUAAGCGCAUGGAUGGCAUUGCCAAGACUGUUGAAAAUGAAUCUCUUAAUGCCAUUGCUGAUGGUGCAGGUGAAACGACCGCUGUGAAAGCCUUGAAUAAUGAUGGGAAUUCAUCCUCUUUGGGGGCUGGAAUUGAAGAACCUGUUCUCAGCUGCGGACAGAUGCGUUUUGGGUCACUGGUGCCAGAUGGCAUCUAUGAAGUUAGUCUUGGAAAGACAGAUGCUUUCAUAUACAAAUACAAGAAGAUCUCUACUGCUGGGAAUAAGUAGCUUUUGUGCAUUGUGCCAAUGUUGAACUUGAAUCCUGAUAGACUUGAAAGCAGCAUGGCAGUGAACUGGUGUAACUCUGCUAGUCCAAACUCUGUGCCAUUUGCUAGCUCACCUCAGUUUACUUGAGUGUACUAGGCUGUUGCUUUUCUCCCUCUGGCUUUUAGAUGGAAGAUUCAUAUUCAUGUUUCAAAUGUUUUUAAUAUAAACUGCUGUAACAAGACAGAGUCCUCAAAUCCUUGUUAAGGCAAAUCCUCUCAAUAUCAGGAUGAGUUCUUCAUAAAGAAAGACUUCAAAUGCUGUACCACAAAAGCGUGGUAAUACUACGUGUAAAUAGGUUUUCACCUCCGUUAAUAUUCUUAGGAAGUGUUUCUUAAGAAAUCUCCAGUUAUUCUUGAGGACUGGACAGAGAGCCUUACUUACGUGCCUUGCAGUCUUGUAUUAUUUUAAAGCUAUCUGAUGAUAAAUCUGAAUUGUCACUAUUCGGAUAUCAUGCUGUGGAAAAAUUAAAUUAUUUUUAGUAUGAA